UGUGGUCGACAUGGUUGUUUGCGCUGUGGUCUUUUGCAGAUGUCUCUCACAUUCGAAUACGAUUACGAAGGUAAUGUCAGCCUGCCGGAUUUUUCUGUCUUCCCUACACCCUGCGAGAAGAAUGAGGUGCAGAUGAUGGUCGGCCUGCUGCAACCCUGGAUCUACUCGCUGGUGUUCAUUCUGGGCGUGCUGGGGAACGGCCUGGUGCUGGCGACGUACAUCUACCACCAGCGCCUGCUGGCCAUGACGGACGUGUACCUUCUGAACCUGGCCAGCGCCGACUUCCUCUUCGUCUUCAGCCUCCCCCUGCUGGCGGCCAGCUCGCGGCUCGGCUGGGUUUUCGGCUCCUUCCUCUGCGUGCUGGUGCGGAUGCUGUACAAGGUCAACCUGUACAGCGGCCUGCUGCUGCUGAUGUGCGUCACCAUGGACCGCUACUUCGCCAUCGUGUGCGCCACCGCCGCGCACAGACUGCGUCUCAAGCACCUGCGCUACAGCCGCCUCAUCUGCCUGUCGGUCUGGAUCUGCUCCUUCCUGCUCUGCCUGCCGGAACUCAUCUACACCAAGGUGGACAGGCACCCCACCGAACCCGUCAGCAUCUGCGUGGACAGUUACCCGGAGGAGCUGGGCAUCCUGAUGCGGGUGGCCACCCCGGCGGCGCAGGCGGCUCUCGGGUUUCUCCUGCCGCUGCUGGUCAUGGUCUUCUGCUACUCGGUCAUCGUCAAGACCCUGCUGCAGGCCCGCAACUUCGAGAAGCACAAGGCCAUCCGCGUCAUUCUGGCGGUGGUGCUGGUCUUCGUCCUGUCUCAGGCCCCCUACAACGUGCUGCUGUUGCUGCGGGCGGCCGGCAGCGGCGGCCUGACCUGCGGGGAGAGCAAGCGCCGGGACGUGGCCCUGCAGGCCGCCAGCUGCCUGGCCUACACCCGCUGCUGCCUCAACCCCAUCCUCUACGCCUUCGUCGGGGUGAAGUUCCGGAGCAACCUGGCGAGGCUGGCGCGGUGCCGGGGCUGCCGCUGGCCGAGAGCGGGCGUGUCGGCUGCGGGCAGCCCGAGACGGAUAUUCACACUGAGCACGGUCACCAGCAGCAUCAUGACUGUGUAG